AUGGCCACCCCGUCGCUGCGCCUCUCGUCCGGACACUCAAUUCCGGCUCUCGGAUUGGGCACAUGGCUCUCGAAACCGGGCGAGGUCGGUCAAGCGGUCGAAAUGGCGUUGAAAGCCGGCUAUCGCCACAUCGACUGCGCUCACGUAUACGGAAAUCAAAAAGAGAUCGGCGAAGUGUUCGCCAAAGUUUUCGACGGACAAUUGCAGCGAUCCGAUGUGUUCGUCACUUCGAAAAUCUGGAACACUUUCCACUCGUACGAGAAAGCGAAAGAGGCAGUGGACAUCAUUUUGGGCGAAUUGCAGCUGGACUACGUCGAUCUGAUGCUGAUCCAUUGGCCGAUGGGCUACGAGGAGGGAAACGAGAUCUUGCCGAAGACGCCGGACGGGACAAAGAUUCGCUACUCGAAAGAGGACUAUUUGGGCACUUGGAAAGCGCUCGAAGAAGCGGUAAACGACGGGAAAAUACGCUCGCUCGGCUUGUCCAACUUCAAUCACAAACAAAUCGAACGACUCAUCGGACACUCGAGAAUCAAGCCCGCCGUUUUGCAGGUCGAACUGCACCCGUACUUUCAACAAAAAAAACUCCGCGAUUUCUGCAAAAAGCACCAAAUUGUCGUCACCGCCUAUUCGCCUUUGGGAAAUCCGACGAAUCCUUUCCGAAAAACCGGCGAUCCGUCGAUUCUCACCGACGAGGUGGUGCUGAAAAUCGCGGAGAAAUCUGGAAAAUCGCCAGCUCAAGUGGCUCUUCGAUGGGCGAUUCAAACCGGACUCGUCGUCAUCCCGAAAUCAACGAGUGAACACCGAAUCAAGGAAAACGGAGCCCUCUUCGACUUUGAGCUUUCACAAGGGGAACUGGCGGAAAUCGAUGGCUUGGAUAAGAAUUGGCGAAUUCUCGAUUUGACCCAACGAGAUGGCGAUCAUCCACAUUUCCCAUUCUCGGAAGAAUUC